AUGGGACAAACAGAAAGUUCGACUAAAAGCAAUGCAGUCAACGCUGAAUCGGAAUCUGCUGCUACAAUUGAUCAAAACAAAGCCACCAGUGUAUCACCAGAAUAUUAUGAACGUCGAUUAUUAAGGGAAUGUGAACAUAUUCCUUUUGAUGUCGAAGCCUGGUACAAGAUCUUGUGCUCUCAAACAUUCUAUACAGAAUUUAUUCCAAUAUCUCCAUCAAUUGCUCGUGCUUUCGUCAACUAUUAUCAAACACGAUAUAACUCAAAACAACUAUUAAAUUCUAACGAUGUCCAAUUAAUUCAGUCGAUAGAGCAUCAGUUAAAAGAACAAAUAUUCAGCUCAAAGGACAGUCCCUUUCAAACGAACGGUACUUUUAUUCGUUUAAGUUCACGAAGUCCGAAAGAUGGGUGUCCAUUAAAUUUACAAACAUUAGUUAAACUCUAUCAUCAAGAAUUGGCUGCAUUGCAAGUCCAAUAUCCCAAUGAAUGUGAUUCCAUGGAAGGCAGAGCCAAUAUGCAAUUAAUUGCUUGUUGUUCUGCGCAAUUCCAGUCUUUAAAAUCAACAAAUGAAUUCGACGCGUUGAAUCUCAUUUUGUCAAGUGAAAGAGUUUUUAUCGAUUUACUUGCAGCACUCGAUUGCCAGGACGUCAAGGACAAUCAACUCCUUAAUACUAAGAAUAUAGUUCUGCCAGAAUGGAACAAUAACAUAAUAAUUCGUGAAUGGAAUCAUUUGUUGGAUCCAUCAAUGGAAUUUCGUUGUUUUGUUUGCAAAUCAAAUUUGACUGCAAUAUCACAAUACAAUCAUUAUUGCAAAUUCUAUCAUCUGCAAAGCGAUUCAACAAUUCAACGAAUAAAAUCUACAAUUAUUCAAUAUUGGCAACAAAAAGUGAAACCACUUUUAGACCCGUUUAACGAUCUAUACUCUAAUUAUGUAAUUGAUUUCGCAUUAAUUGAAAACAAAAUAUCCAAUGAAUUUGAAUGUGUAGUCAUUGAAUUGAAUCCGUUUGCUAAAAGCACUGGCGCCAGUCUAUUUGACUGGCAAACAGAUGUUGAUCAAUUGACGGAACAACGAAACGAAAUCGAGAUACGCGUCCGAUCAGAUUAUUUCCCCAAUAUUUGUGAAUACGUCGAAUAUGUUUUGGCAGAAAAUGAAUUAAAUGCGAACAAAACUUUAUCGUCUGAAAAUGAUGACAAGGAAUCCUAUUUUUCUUUCUUAAAUAAAAUACAAGUACAACUUGCUUGA